CCCUGGAAAAGGCCAUUGGAGUGGAUGUGUAAGGAACCGCAAGAAUAUGAUUUACAGGGCUAAGCCUUGACGCACCAACACAUUUGAUACAAAUUCUACACGAUGACAACGGACGUUAACAAGGAUCUCCUGGGCAUGAAGACCACCAUCUUCGGACUCCUGAGGACCGUGCAGAAGAACGUGACAGAGAUGAACACCAUCUCGGGCACCCUCGGUAGUCUGAUGGGGCGUACCAAGAGGCUGAGGGCGGGGCGGGCCAAAGGCAGCAGGACCGCCAGGAAAGCUACUACAAAGACGGCGAAGACAACAGUAGCUACAUCCAGCGAGAAUACAGCGGCACAAGAUGGAGACAAGAAUGUGGCCAGCACCGGAAACGGACCAGCGGACGACAAAGCGGCGGAGAUGAAGAGAAUGACGGAGCAGAUGAACGAAUGGAUGAAGAAGGUGGAGGAGGAAACCAAGAGGCUGGAGACAGAGAACGCUCUGAUGACGCAACAGCUGUCCAAGAUCGCUGUUAACGUUAAGAGCUGACUGUUUGGUCGAAUGUCAACGGCGCGAUAAGUCAGUGUCUUCUGACCAUAAGGAUAACAGCAUAUGUUGUCGGUUAGCGUUUUCAUAUAGAGUAGAUUUACGAGGUGGCUAAUGAUCUGUAAGCUGAAAUGGAGCUUUGUUGCCAUUUGCCAGUGCUCAACUUUUUUUUUACUAUUUUAUCUUGAAAACAUAAUCUUCACUGUAGGCAUGUAACUUGCUUUCUGCUCUUGGUCCAUUCAUAGAUCUAGUGUAGAGGUAUUUAGCAUGCAGUAUAUGUUCUUGGGCCAUGCAUACAAGACGAUAGUGUUUGAUUGUGCAGAAGUGGCACGUGGUUAGGCUACAAAACGUUUAUAUAUCUUAUUUUACACUGAUGAAAACUAAUUCAAUAAAAGAAAGAAUUCUACAAGUGGUCUACCAUCGUCAUUUUCUACCCAAUCUACCGCCAUC